AACAUUAUUAAUCAAGAAUAGAGUACAACAAGGGAGGUAGAUCUGAUUUUUCAAGGAUUUUUAUUCGCUUUAUUUAUAUACUGUUAGGGGGAAUCUGCUGUGUUCAGUACUGAAAUUUAGUUCAUAGAUAUGUCUACACCUGCUAGGAGGCGAUUACUGAGAGAUUUCAAAAGAUUACAGGACGAUCCCCCGGCUGGUGUUAGUGGUGUUCCAUCAGAAAACAACAUCAUGUUAUGGAAUGCAGUUAUAUUUGGGCCCCAUGAUACGCCUUUUGAAAAUGGUACAUUCAAGUUAACUAUAGAAUUCACAGAAGAAUAUCCAAACAAACCUCCAAUAGUUAGAUUUGUAUCCAAAAUGUUUCAUCCAAAUGUUUAUGCAGAUGGUGGGAUAUGUUUAGAUAUUUUGCAGAAUAGAUGGAGUCCUACAUAUGAUGUGUCAGCUAUACUUACAUCAAUACAAUCUUUACUCGAUGAACCAAACCCCAACAGUCCGGCAAAUAGUCUGGCCGCUCAGUUGUAUCAGGAAAACCGACGAGAGUACGAGAAAAAAGUCAUAGGCAUUGUGGAGACUAGCUGGCAGGACAUUUGAGUGCCAGUUUCGUGUACCCAUGACGAUAAAUUGUAGAGAGAGUGAGGGCGCAAUUCACCAAUAGCAGUUUGUUUCAUUGCGAUAGAACGAGAAAUUUUGCUAAUGUGCGAAAAAAAUAAAGAGGUGUUUUGACUGCGAGAUGUGUUUGGAACAGCUCUUUUAUAUUGUUAUGUAGAAAGAUCAAUGAAAUAAAGUAUAUAGAUUAUUCCUCCAUUGUUGUGAUUCGAAAUAACUUGUAGAACUUCAGACUAAUAGUACUGUACCUCCAUAUUUCUUCUGGCGUCUGUAUUUUUUGCGACAGUUGGAGAAAUUUUGCAACGAGUCUGAUUUCAAAGUAUGUGCCAGAAAAUGAAUUAUUUCCUUUGACGGAUAAAGACAAGAACCACUCAUUUUGACAUAAGUUUUUCAUUUUUACUGAUCAUAUUUAAAAACUAUUUAGGCAUUAAAUCUUAAUUUUGAGUACAUUGUAUUACAGUUUAAUAUUAAUAAUAAUAGUUAUUAUUACUUUUAUUAUUAAUAUCAUUAUUAAUAUUAUUAUAAUUUAUUAUAUUGUAAAUGUUUGUCUUUUUUUUUGCUUAUGGAUUAAUAGAAUAAAUUUUGUUGAUUUACAACCAAACAUCAUUUGUGUUUGGUUAUAAAUUGAAGAAUUUAUUGUAUUGUUAACAUAACUAUGAAUAUUAUAAAUCAUUGUGUGAUAUCUGUAUCCAUGUAUCGACAAGUGGUGUAGGGUGCGAUCAGGCUACAAAUGGGGCAAACCUAUCAUCAUUGAGUUUUAGCUACUGUAAGAGUAUUUUUUUUAUAGAUUUCCAUGUAUUUUGAAUUUAUGAUGUGACUAAACCAUUGUUGUAAUUUUUGGGCAAACUGUCCAAUCAGAUGAUCUAGAGUCAGGAUGUUAUGAUGACAAGACAUCAUCUUGCAUUGCGUUUUAUCCAGGCUACCAAAGUCUUAUGAAUAAGUGUUUAAAAUGCAAUGCGCUGAGCGAUACCAGUAGAUACCGUCGAGUAAUUUAAUCCUCCAACUCUGGCAUAACACGCACUUAAAAUAUGCUAAUCAGGACGGAUUAAAAAUUUGGUAGUCAUAUUACAUGUUUGACAUUCUGAAAUCAAUAUAAUGUGGUGUGAUGAUAAAACAAGAAGUUAUAAAAAAAUAUUUAAUAACUAAACCAUACAUUUGACCCAUGGAUUUGACCUCUGGUAUUAGAUACAGGGGAUAAAAACGUGAUUUUCCAUCAGUAUAACAUGACAUGCGUUAAGGUGUUUACACGUGUGAGUGGCUUGUUUAUUUAAACUUACGGUAGUGAUGAGAAGAGUUAAUGGUGUGUGUCCUUGUCGGUAUCGGUAGUUUACGAUACACAUAGCAACUGGUUGGUUGGAACCUCUGCAUUUCACAUUGCUUGGGGAGAACAGUUUUUUUUUGUGUAUAAUACAGCUAUUACUAUCUGUACAUGAAUUAAAAACCUAUGUAGCAGCAAA